CAAAUGGGUACCCUGAUUUUUUUUUGCUUGCUCUCCCUCUCUCCUUUUGAGUAAAAACUUCCUCACUUCUCCAGAAGAAGCAAAGAAAAAAAAAACAAUGCUUUCUGCAGAAGCGCCCCUUGUCGACACAGCUGUACUUGAUUCCAACAAUAACGAUACUACCAUUAAUGACACGCCAACUCCUGCACCCGACACCGCGACGAGCAGUCUCAUUGAGGAUGUUACACUGACCAUUAUAGCCCAUCCAUACCUUGAUGAAUUGGCUGACAAAAUUCGAAACGAGCCCAUUCCUUGGGAGGGUUAUGAACGUGCCGGUUUAAUUACAGCAGACGAAGUGGCAAUGAUUCAACAUGUCGAAAAUAAGUCAUCAGAGGAAAUCACACACGUCAUGUCCGAGCACGGACUCUAUUAUGCGGGUAUGUACCUGGAUUUGAUGCAUAAACUGGCACGCGUGGACGCAGUUCAAAAGGUGCUGGUCAUGAUUCAAGACAUGCUGAAUGAACACGAUGAAAGGAUUGUGCUGUUUCAUCAAGCGUCAGAAGGCCGUCCUGGCUAUCCUUUUGCGCCGUUUCACAAGGCCUUGCGUAUCAAUGAUGAAUUCAUUGGUAUCCAAUCUAGCAAACUUCUGGCGCUUCUUGUCUGCUCGACCAAGAACCGAGACAUCGACAUUGAUGACUUUUUCCGGUGGAUGACGUUCCAGCUGCAAAGUCGUAAUCCCAGUCUUAUCGAGCUGAAUAUCCAAAUUCUUGAUGCCUUGUUCCAUAUACCCGCCUACCGAAAAUCUUUCUGGAAUACACUCCACGCCAUGGAUUCGUUUAUCAAUGUAUUGAAGAAAGGCACUUCAAAUCCACAAGUGACGUAUGAAGCUGUUUUUGCUUUAUGGCUAUUGACAUUUGACGAAGAAAUUGCCGCAAACUUGAACAGAAAAUACGAUGUGAUCCCUAUGCUGGUCGAAAUAGCAAAGUCGGCUGUCAAGGAAAAGAUCAUUCGUGUGGUCGUGGCCACGUUCAAGAACCUUGUGGAGAAAGCACCCAAGGCCAACUUGUCUGCCAUGCUGGUAGCCAAACUAUUGCCGUUUACUGAGCACUUGCACACAAGAAAAUGGUCGGAUCAAGAAGUUGUCAAUGACAUUGACUUGAUUCAGGCCGAGUUGCAAAACAACUUUCAAAGUCUCACGACGUUUGAAGUGUAUGCCUCGGAACUGGAAACCGGGAAGCUGGAAUGGUCGCCACCGCAUCAAUCCGAAAAUUUCUGGCAAAAAAAUGCCGUUCGGUUAAACGAAAAUGAUCACCAAUUACUAAAAAUGCUCGCUCGUCUGUUGAGCUCGAACAAGACCGAGAUCCUUGCCAUUGCCUGCCAUGACGUGGGCCAGUAUGCCAAAUACGCAGGUGCCGAUGGUAAAAAGUACCUCCAUGAUCUGGGCGCAAAGCAGCGUGUGAUGGAACUGAUGACGCAUGAAGAUCAAGAAGUGCGCUACUAUGCAUUAUCUGCCACGCAGAAAUACUUUGCCAUGUCAUCUUGAGCGAAAAAU